AUGUGCGCGAUCCUAGUGGGGCUUUUCGUUAGCGGGGAAUGGAGGAAUUUGAGAAGAGAGAUGAGGGAAUAUGAACUUGGAAAUGUAUCGUACAUAAUGAACUUGGUAUGGACUGCUGUGACAUGGCAAGUGUUUAGCAUUGGAGCUGUUGGGCUGAUUUUUAAGGUCUCUUCACUGUUCUCCAAUGUCAUAAGUACCUUGGGUUUGCCCAUUGUUCCGGUUCUUGCAGUGUUCAUUUUCCAUGACAAGAUGAGUGGAGUGAAGGUGAUUGCAAUGUUGUUGGCCAUUUGGGGUUUUGCAUCUUAUAUCUAUCAGCAUUAUCUCGAUGAUUUGGAAUUGAAAGAUGAAAUGACCAGAUAUGAUCGGAAGACAGAAAAACCGCUCAACAGUCACGUGAACAGUGGAAACUUCAGACCUGUGUGA